AUGCUCAGCGUUGGUCCUGGACCUACUCGAAAGCCCACAUCAGAGCGGGUGCUCGUCGUCGGCGGCGGUGUUACCGGGCUUACUACGGCGUGGGCACUGCUAGAUGCGGGGUACAAUGUCACGGUCGUCUCUGAGUGCUGGGCUAAUCUGCAACAUCGAAUUACCUCCCAAAUCGCCGGCGCUCUCUGGGAGUGGCCGCCCGCAGUUUGUGGCAGACACACCGAUGUCAUCUCACUCGAGCACUCAAAAGGCUGGGCGAUGACGUCUUACCACGUCUUUGAGGUCCUCAUGCGGAUCUUUACUGCGGAGGUACACGGCGUGCGCGUGCGCCGUGCCAACUUCUUCUUUGACCGCCCACUUGAGAACAUUCCUGACCAGUACCAAAAGAUGCAAGAAAUCUCGCGCUGCGGAGUCACAGGCUUCAAUCGGGACCCCACUCUGAUCACGAAACAUGCCGUCAAUCAAGAAGCCGGUGUCAUUGAUUCAUACUGCCACGAUGCUCCAGUGAUUGACACAGAUCACUACAUGAUCUGGCUGCGUGCUCUCGUCGAAGCUAAGGGCGCUGAACUCAUCACUGCUCGGGUCUCAGGUGACCUUCUGACGCAGGAGGACGAGCUCCUCGCGAAAUACAGGGCGUCUGCAAUUGUCAAUGCGACUGGACUAGACGCGUGGGAGACCGCCGAUGACAAGACGGUCUAUCCGCUGAGGGGCGCGCUCAUUCGUGUGGUCAAUGACGGGACGAAGUUCCCGAAGGUCACUGAAGCGCUUGCUGUCGGUAUCGAUGACGCCCAUCGAGAGGGUCAGGACCUGGUAUUUAUCGUACCGCGAAACGACAACAUCCUCAUUCUGGGAGGUAUCGCGCAACCGAGAGAGUGGAACCUCGACCUGACGCUCGAUAGCCCGGAAAUCGUGCGCAUGCGCGAACGCUGCAACCACUUUGUUCCAGGACUCGCUAACGCCGACUACGACCCCUCCGCGCCGUUCGUCCAAGGAAACCGGCCAACUCGCGGGCAGAAUGUCCGCGUCGAGCGCGAGUCCCGACUAAGGAAGGACGGCAAGCCGAGCCGCAUCGUUCAUUCAUAUGGCCAGGGAGGCUCGGGAUUCUCCCUCUCCUUUGGAUGCGCGGGCGACGUGCUUGGGUUGGUGAAGGAGGUCGCGGAGGGCAAGAAGGCUGUGACGAUGUCAGGGAGGCUGCCUGCUGAGAGAACGGCAGCGGUGGCGCGUUUGUGA